AUGGCCAUCGACUCGCCCGCCGCGUCCCAGGCGGGCAAGCACCCGCGCCUCGCCUCGCUCGCCCGCACCAACGACCUCGGGUCCCCCGCCCGCGGCCACGCCAGGCAGCAGCAGCAGCUCGGCGCCAUCGGCGGUCGUGCUGGCCCGGGCUACUCGCCCUACGCCCGCCGCGUCGCCACCCGCGCCGCCGCCCAGCUCGCGCCAGACUCGGGCGACGACGACGACGACGUCGACCCUGCUCCUCACGACCACGGCGCCGACGAGGCGCACAUCGACCCGAGCCCGGUUGCCCAGUCCAAGGGCCUGUUCGGCAAGGUGCGCAGCCUGCCCGGCCGCAUGCUCGGCAUGCUCUCGCGCUCGUCGAGCUCGAAGCAGCUCGCCGGCCCCGCGUCCUCGUCCUCGUCGCUCGCCCAGGUCCGCGCAGAGCUCGACCAGGUCCGCGCCAAGGACACGCACGGCAUGUCAAGGAGCCACACGUCGCACAACCUCGCCGCGCCGCGCCUCAACCCGCUCUCGUCGGGCCCAGCUCCCCUCCCCGCGUCCUCGUCCAUGUCGGCCCUGUCGACCUUUGCCCAGCCACAGGGUGGCAGGUCGAGCCACUCGACCCUGCGCCUCCCGCCCACCACGGCGUCGACCCUUGGCAGCGGCGGCACCUCGUCGCCGUCGUUCCUCACGGCCGCCAACCUCGGCCGGCACUCGACCCGCGCCGCGUCGCCUGCGCCCUCGACGACCGCGUCGCUCGCGACCCGCCAGCAGCGCAAUCGCUCGCCGUCGCCCCUGCGCACCGGCCUCGCCGGCUCCAUGUCGGCGUUCCAGCUCGCGCAGCCCCCGUCGCCCACGUCGGCGUCGGCCAUCUUCAACAACCCGUCGUCGGCGCUCGGCAGCGGCGCCGUGUCGAACCCGUUCGGCCUGUCGUCGCGCUCGCCGUUCGCCCCGUCGCGCAUCCGCCCCUCGCCCUCGGUCGGCGCUGGCGCCGGCGGCAGCAUCGCGGGCUUCUCGGCCUCGUCGGCCGCCGGGUCGACCGGCCACCCGCUCUUCCCGUACGCGUCGACGCUCCCGCGCGGCACCUCGCCCGGCCUCACGUCGUCCUUCUCGCUCCGCGAGGGCCUGUCAUCGGCCGCGUCGGCGUCCGGGUCGGCCGCCGGCGCGACGCUCAAGCGGCCGUACGCCCGCGCCAUGGGCGGCAGCCCGCUUGGCCCGCGCUUCCCGCUGUCGGGCGCGAGCGUCGCCGACGUCGAGAUGCGCGCCGAGCAGGGCAUGGCGGGCGGCAGUGUCGGUGGGGCCGAGCGCGCGAGGAAGAAGCAGCUCGUGUGGGACCCUGUCCAGGGUCUCGUGAGCCGCGAGCGGCUCGAGAAGGAGAAGGCUGCCGAGGCGCCGGCGCUCCCCAAGAACGAGGCCGAGCGCAUCCUCGAGGUGCUCGAGGGCAUGGGCAGGACGCCGUUGGGCGACGCAAAGCGUGCGAGCGUCAGGUCCAAGCACGUCAACGUCCCGGCCACCUCGCUCGACUCGGGCAACGGCCGUCUCGCCCGCUCGUCCACCACGCCCUCGAUCCUCUCGUCCACCCCGUACGCCGCUCGCUCGGCGCGCCUCUCGGCCGACCCGACCGAGGUCGCGUCGUCGUCGUCGCGCCCGCAGCAGAAGGGCCUGCAGGCCGUCCUUCGCGCCCGCGAGGAGCGCCGUCGUGCGCUGCUCCAGCAGGAGCGCGAGGAGCGCGAGCGCGAGCGUGCCGAGGACGCCGAGCGCGAGCGCGUCCGCGAGCAGCGCCGCCGCGACCGCCGCCGGCGCAUGGACGAGCUCGCGAUGAUGAGCGACGACGGCGAGGGCGACACGGACGUGUUCAGCGCCGGCGGGAGCACGAGGGCGUCGCGCUCGGACCGCGGCGGCGGCGGGAGCGAGUACGGCGAGCGCGACGACGACGACGAGCUGCGCAGCCCGAGGCGCGUCACGCGCAGCGCCGCCAAGAAGCCGAGCGCGCCUGCGUCGUCGUCGGCGAGGGACAAGGGCAAGGGCAAGGACCGCCUCCUCGAGCCGCCGACGCCGUCCGGCUCGGGCUCGAGGCGCUCGACCCGCGCGAGCUCGCGCACGUCGACGUCGUCGGCCAAGGCCGGCGCCAACGCCAAGUCGCCCUCGCCGGCACCGACGCCGCGCAAGUCGUCGCGCAGUGCGCGUGUCGAGGAGCGCGACGAGCAGGACGAGCAGGACGAGGACGACGCCGAGAUGACACCCGCGCCCAAGCGCACCAAGGCCAAGUCGCCCGGCCGCUCGGCGCCGCCCAAGUCGCCGUCGCCCGCUCCGCCUGUCCCGUCGCGCGAGUCGUCGACCGCCCCGGCGACGGCCAAGAUCUCGUUCCCGGCCCCGUCGUCGUUCCCGUCCACGGCGCCCUCGACCGCCUCGGGCCGCUCCUCUCUCCGCCCGGGCAAGAACCACUCGUCGCGCAAGCACGAGACGAGCGCCAAGGUGUUCAGCGCCAAGGAGGAGGACCUGCCGCCGCUCGACGACGACGCCCUGAGCAAGAUCCAGAUGCCGUUCCCGGCCAACUUCUCCUUUGGCCCCGGUGCCGGCGCUGCCCCUACUGCGUCCGCCGACGACAAGAAGAAGGACGAGUCGGCGCCGGCCUCGGGCUCGAGCCUGCUCAGCCGUCUCGGCGCACCUCCUCCAUCGUCUUCCGCCGCCGCCGAGCAGCCUAAGUCGGCGCCCGCCUUCUCGUUCGGCGCCCCGACCGCCAAGCCCGCCGCACCUCCCGUUCCCUCGUUCAGCUUCCAGCCGUCGAGCACCACCUCGACCGACAAGAAGGAUGACAAGGCAAUGCCGACCGCCGCAGCCGCAGCUCCCGCCGCGUCCGACUUCUUCGCCAAGCCGUCGCCGGCGCCGCCCAAGCCCUCCUUCUCGUUCGGCGACGCCGCAUCGUCGCGCGCGAGCAGCGUCGCGACGGACGGCACGGCCGGCACCGGCGCGAGCAAGCCCAACUUCUUCGCCAACAUCGUCAAGGACAAGGAGGGCAGCGCGCCGCCGCCCGUCCCGGCGUUCAGCUUCGGUGCCGCCGCGACGGCCAAGAAGGACGACGACAAGGCGACCAAGCCGACCGAGGUCGGCUCGUCGACGAGCGGCGCCGCCAACCCCAACACGUUCGUGUUCGGCACGCCCGUCGCGCAGCCCGUCAAGGAGACCAAGGAGGACAAGGGCGGCGACGAGUCGGAGGCGGCGCCAUCGUUCUCGUUCGGCAACCUCAACCCGAAGCCGGUCGAGAAGAAGGUCGAUGAGAAGAACGACGCGCCUCCCACCGCGCCGUUCGCGUUCGGCGCCGCGAAGCCCGCCACCGCAUCCUCCUCGUCGGCUUUCAGCUUCGGCGCCUCUUCGACGUCCACGCCCGCCGCCGACAAGCCCGCCGCGUCGACCCCCUUCGGCUUUGGUUCGCCUGCGCCUGGGGCCGCCACCUCGGGCGCUCCUGCCUUCCAGUUCGGCACGACGCCGGCGACGCCGCAGGCCGAGGACAAGAAGGACGCCCCGUCGGCGCCGACUUUCGGCGCGAGCCUCGGUCCGACGCCGGUCCCGGCUGCGACGACCGACGAGGCGGGCGACUCGGGCAUGGAGGACGAGGGCUCGCCGGCGCCGCCCAACCCUGCGCCCGCACCCUCGCCGUUCGCGUUCGGCGCCAGCAGCGGCGGCUCGGGCGCCGCGGUGUCGCUGUUCGGCAAGGCGCCCGCUCCUGCGUCAGGUGCCUUCAGCUUCGGCGCCGGCGCCGCCGAGAAGAAGGAGCCCGCGUCGCCGUUCGGCGGGCCCGCCACGUCAACCUCGACUGGCCCAAGCCUGUUCGGCGGCGCCGCCUCGGCGUCGAAGCCGGCCUUCUCCUUCGGCAACGGGGCCUCGCCCUCGCCCUCGCCUGCGCCGCCGUCGCCUGCGCCCGCCGCCGUCCCGUCCUUCAACUUCGGCGCCCCGCAGUCGUCCGCCAACGGCUCGAGCGCGGCGGCGGCUCCCUCCUUCACGUUCGGCGCGCCAGCCCAAGCGUCGAACGUGUUCGGCUCGAGCACGAGCUCGGCGCCGGCCGCAGGCUUCGGCGCAGCGACGCCCGCCUUCCAGUUUGGCGCCGGCGCGUCGCCCUCGCCUGCACCCGCCUCGCCCGCACCGGCCGCCUCGCCGUCCGCCUUCAGCUUCGGCGCCCCUUCAACCGCGCCGGCCAUGGGCUCGACCCUGUCGAACGGCGCCGGCGGCGCGUCGUCGCCUUUCGCGUUCGGCCAGCCGGCGCCCGCCUCGCAGCCGACCACGCCCGGCGCUGCACCUCAGCCGCCGUUCGCGUUCGGCGCGCCGGCGCCGUCGCCUGGAGCGGGAGCGGGCGCAGCGGCGCCGUUCGCGUUCGGCGUGUCCACGCCAGGCGCUGCGCCGCCCAUGUUCGGCGCGCCCGCCGCAGCCAACGGCGCCGGCGGUCCGUUCACCUUUGGCGCGCAGCCUGCAGCGGCAGGUCAAGGGGCCCUGUUCAACAUGGGCCCCGGCGGCAACGAGUCGUCGAGGCCGUUCAAGGGCCUCCCGAGGAGGAAGCGGUAGUUGGGCCCGCCGAGCAGGGAGGGGGAGAGCGAGCUUGUGUAGCAUUACACGAUAUGCAGACAGUCUUUGCCCGUCGUGGCGUCCUUAUCU